AAAUAUAUUAGCACAUAAAAAGGUGCUAAGAGUGUAGAAAAUAGUGAUGUAUAAUCAUGACGCGACUAUAAAAAGGAAUUAUCUGUUUGUUGUGUGAAUGAUAACAUAUCUUACGUUCAUGAUACUUGUUAUUCUGUACAUAAGCUCAUGACUGCUUCGUUAUAAAGGACGUACAUAGUGCAAGAAAAUGAGUUGGUUGCGGAACAGUCCGCUGCGAACGAGUUUUAGCAAGCAGCGAUCCAGAGAUUCACCUCCAAAAGAUGCUGAUCCAUCCGCAUGUUAUGAUAGUUUCUGCAAACACUGGCAACAAACUUAUGAAAUCAUCCGAUAUUCUUUUCCUCCUAAAGGGAUACCUAGUCAAGAUGAUGUACUUGGAGUUGUUAAUCAUAUUGAUCAAAUGGUGACAUUGUUAAUGCUAGAACUACGGGAUUUGAGCUUGCACAGUCGCUAUCGACAAGGUAGCACCGCAACGCAUUCUCCAUGUUUGGAAUAUUUAUUAAGUGAAAAUUUACUUGUUAAACUUUAUGAUUGGAGUUUGCAUACAGGAAGGUUCAAUAAUGCUGUACGAUUAGAGCAAAUAAAGCUUUACGAAUUACUAGUUUCGUACAGUGGUACUCUUCUCGCACACGAGUCAGUUACAAGGCCACUUUUACGCUUAUUAGAAGAAUGUGCGAAUGACAUUAUGCCAUUAGAAGUAGAAAAAAAAUUAGUAAUAUUAUUGAAUCAGUUGUGUGUAGCCUUAAUGCAAAAUAUGGCUUUACUUGAUUUAUUUUUUCAUCCUACUUCAACUGGAAAAAACAAAUUCAUCAUAUUCAAUCUACUGAUACCUCAUGUUCAUCGAGAGGGUGGUGUCGGUCAACAAGCGCGCGACGCUAUGUUAUUGUGCAUGUCACUCUCAAAAAAGAAUGACGAAGUUGGAAUAUAUAUAGCCAAUCAUUCCAAUAUAUGUCCUGUAUUAGCUACAGGCUUGAGCGGACUUUAUUCUUUACUUCCACGAAAACUUGAUAUUGAAACAGAUGAUUGGCACCAAUUGACACCAGAUGAUGUAAAUGAUUUACCUGCACUUAUGCAACUUAUGAAUUCUUUGGAAUUUUGCAACGCAGUCGCGCAAGUGGCACAUCCGAUGAUACAAAAGCAGUUACUUGAAUUUUUAUAUCAAGGUUUCUUGGUACCGGUGAUGGGUCCUGCAUUAUUACAAGAUUCUCUUGGCUUGACCCUAGAACAGCUAGAUGCACAACAACACUGGACUACUGUGGAAGAAUUGGUUGCAGCAACAGCUUAUUUCGAUUUGUUUCUUCGAUCUGUUACUGAUCCUGGCUUAUUAGGGUCACUUAUUAGAUUCCUACUUGAAGAUAAUUAUGAUGACAAUAGAAUACUGGACAGUCUAAUACAGAGGAUUUCUUCUCGAUCAAGGUUAUGUAUAGUAACUCUGGCAUUGUUUGAGACUCUGGUUAAUUUAAACUGUGAAGACGUUAUGCUGGAAUUAUGCUUGGGUGCAUUAAAUCCAUGUUCACAUGUAAUGCUCUCCCAACGUAGUCGAUUGAGAGAUGUUGAUCCCUUUGGACGAGCAGCAGAAAAGUUUUUAUCUUUGACACCACGUUGUUGUUCCAUGUUUAUAUCUUCGGACUCAUAUACAAGUUCUUUACCUGUCACUAUAUCAUGUACAUAUGACAAAUAUGGAAAUCCCGUAUCCGAUUCAGUAAAAUCAUUACCAGCAUCGAUAAAUUACGGUACUAAAUUAUCGGAUAGUUUAUACGGAAAUUAUCACGCAUACCUUUGUGAUGCGAGACAAAAAAUAAAAACUUGCCGAAUUGCAUGUUCCAAUUGGUCUUGCCAAUACGACGGUAACUUACCACAAAAUAAUAAUGCUAACAGCGUAAUUCCAUUGAUAGAUGAAAAUACUACACAUGAUCAGUCACAAAAGAAAACAGCAGAAUCAAAAACGUUACUACUGGAAACAAUGAGAAAUGCAAUAAGUUUGUGUGAGAAUGAAAACAGUUUACAAAUGGAUAAUAUAUUACAUAAUAUUCAAUCUUUAUUGUCAGAAGACAAAGAUUUUAAUAGCAACAAACAUAAUAUUAAAAAUGAAAUAAACGCGAAUAUUAUAUUAUCUCUGGAUGAGCGAGCACAAUUAGAUGCUGGUACCACUGAGUUGUUCAACGAAGAUAUUGGGAUGACAGAAUAUACAAAGGAAAUUUGUUUAAAUAAAAAAUCAGAUAUCUGUAUAGAUGAAUCGACUACAACUAUGAAUUCGCUUAUGUCGUUAGGUGAAAGUAGUGGUUAUGAGAGUUUUGCGUUAAAAGGAUCAGCGGAGUCAACGCCAGACAAUGAACCAAAUGAAGAUCGUAUGAAUAAACACGAACAAAUAAAUAUAUCAAGCAAAACGGAACCUAAUAUUGGUGUUUUUUAUGAUGCCGUAGAAACAACUUCGACAACAGAAAUAUUACCAAAUAAUAAAUCAAACAAGGAUGUUACGUAUCGACAGGAUGUUUUUAAUGGGCAACCAAAUGUUGGCAUAUUUUUAGAUGUGAUUUUACGGAAGCUCGAAUGCAUGACAAGCAAUAAUUUGUAUGUUAAUUUACAUCUCACGGGUCUUAUCAGCAGACUAGCAAUAUACUCGCAACCAUUAUUACAGUCUUUUCUGUUGAACCAUUCUCUUAUAUUCCAGCCUAGCAUCAGAUCCUUGUUUCAGGUGCUUGCUUCAUUGAAGCAUAAAAUAGAUAAUUUUCUUUCGAAAUAUAACAAUGUGGAUUUAUUGGUUGAACAAGCAAGAUUAUUUUUGAUUAACCGGGAAGAAAAAUUAAUAAAUGCAAGGAAAAAUGUAUUAGAUGCUGCGGCUCAAUCUUCAACUAUUAAAAGGCAUUCUUUAACCGGUGAAUUAUUUAUACGAGGAGAAUUAAAAAGGAAAAGCUUGACAUCAUCAUUUACACAAAUAUUCAGACGAUCAAGUGGUAUCUUAGGCCCAAGUAGCUUAACAAAUUCUAUUAGUCAACCACCUAGUAUAUCGGAAGAUCAACAUCAAAAUGUUGAAUCUGGAUACAGAUAUACCAAAACCUCGUGGGAAUCGCCGAACGAAGUGAGUCCAAUACAAAAUGUUGUUCUGUGCGCUGUUAUAUUAGAUGAAUGGCUUAAAGAACUUGCAGCAAUUACUCAAGAACAUGCAAUAAUGUCUCUUACAGAUGACAUUAGCUUUAAAGAUUAAAGUUUAACUUGUAAAUUUAUAAGAAUUUGUAAUUUGUAGCUCAGACUGUAAAGCAACGAUAAAAUAAUUCUAGGAUUUUGUUUGUUUUUUGAAACAAUUGUAACUUACCUUUGUAUUAUAUUGUAAUUAUUUGGA